AUGUCAACCGAAAUCCCCUUCACAGCAAACCACACUCAACAACCCUUCAAACUCCUCGAACUACCCCCGGAACUCCUCACACUUCUAGAAUCCGAUGUUCCUCCCACCAUCACGAGAAUAGCUAGUAUAUCCGACACCAUCGAACUAAUCGAAAAAGAAGAAGAACUUAUUGACGGAGAAGGGAAAGAUAAAGAUCAAGCCACAAAGACUGAAGUCACGAAAAAGACCGCCACAGGAAAAGUAAAUAAAUGGCAUGAGAAAUUUGCCAAGAGUAGGGGGAAUGGUGCUAAUACGAAAGGUUGA